AAUCUUGAAGUGUUUACAUUGUGACAUGUAUAUAAAUCAUGGUGCUAUUCAAUAUUGUGAAAAAGUUCAAGAAUGGAUGAUAGUUGAAAUGCGAAGAAGGGGAGCUGAGUUUGAUUCUAGAAGGAAGUAUAUAUGUACUCAGUGUAGACACCAUCUGGAAAAAAGUGCAGGAAAAAGAAAUAAACAAGAAAGUGAAGGUUUAUCUGAAACUGAAAAUGAUCAGGAAAUGAUUGUUGCAAAGACGCUAAAGAAUGAUUUUCCUGAAGCUGACAAAGCAGAUGUAAGGUGUGACAAUGAUUGUAUGGAUAAACACACUAGACAUAAGCAGGAUAGUGCAAAUGAAAUGUCUGAAACCACAAAGGAUAAAUUUAAGAAAAACUAUACUGAGACAAUCAACAUAUCUGCUUAUGAACUUGAAUCAAGUCAAGAAGAAAGUGCUGAGUCUCAUAAAGAGAUGAAUGUUGACUCAAAACAAGAAAAAGAAAUAUUUACAAAAACUGUCAGUGGUAGAAUCCAAGAUGACUAUAACCAAGACACAACUGACAGUAUUAACAGUGACGAUGCCCAAAAGUGUAUAAAAUGUGAUAAGAAUUGUAACACUAGAAACAAGCAUAAUUUGAUAUGGUUAAAACCCAAAUUGGUAACACAGAGCUUGAUUGACUACCUGAGAGAGCAUCGUAUGACAUUCACACCCACAAGGAGAUACUUAUGUUACAACUGUAGCCUUAUCAUAAAACUACCAGAACUGAACGCUUAUAAGGAAUCCUACAAACAUAAUGCUACCACGACAACCAAGAAGGAGAUGAAAGUUUUGAAGUUUGCUAAUCCUGGGAAGUUUAUGGAAGAUUUCAAUCCUGAGACAAGUGCCAGAGAGUUACGUAAAGUCAACCGAAAGAUCAUCAAACAAACUGUGAAGAAGAACCAGAUGUAUGAUGAAAGUGGACUCUUAUUAAAUGAUAGCAGAGACUUGUGUGACUGUUUAGACACAGCAUGUCCUGGAUGUCACUUUCCUUGCUCUAAGUGUGACUCUGAAAAAUGUGGCGGAGAAUGCAGAUGUAAUAGGAAAUAUGUAUAUGAAAAGGUGGAAGUUGAAGGCAGUAAUCUCUCAUGGGAGUUCUUCCUGUAAAAUGCCUCAACUCAUAAACACUGUGACAUUAUAUAUUUCAAUGGUGCUUUUGAAUAAUGACAUGUGAAUUUCUAUGAUAAAAUCUUAGUGACGUAUUUGUUGAUAUAUAAGUAUGGAAUCUGUAGAAGACAA